AUGGUCAGGGGCGUGGCGUUUCAGGGCACCACCAUUGYGCUGGCCCCUCUCAGAGCCAUGUGCUCAGAGUACCAGUCAGGGGGAGUCAACUCAGACCACUCUGACAGUGCUGUGGGAGUGGCAGCGACCGUGGCCCACGAGAUGGGGCAUAACUUUGGCAUGAGCCACGACAGCCCUGGGUGCUGCCAGGCCAAGGCUGAUGAUGGAGGCUGCAUCAUGGCUGCUGCCACUGGCCACCCGUUCCCGCGUGUGUUUAAUGGCUGUAACCAGCGGGAACUGAGCAGGUAUCUGAGCUCUGGAGGGGGGAAAUGUCUGUUCAACCUCCCCAACACCAGAGCCAUGCACGGGGGGCAGCGCUGUGGGAACGGGUACCUGGAGGAUGGAGAGGAGUGUCGACUGUGAGAUG